ACAAGAUGAAAGGUAAGUUGCCUUAUUUUAAGAUGUAGAUUUGACCCUUUUUGUCAUCUUGUUACAUUACCAAAUGGAGCUAAUUCUACCAGAUUCAUAUAGGGAAUCUCAUGCUGUCGUUUUCAGUGACUUUCUCAUGAAUGUCAUUAUGGAUAAUAAUGAUUGAUUUAUAUUUGAUUCUUUGACAUGAUUGGUUAUGCCCAAUGUGACCAAUGUUACAGGGUUUUAUUAAAAAGCUGCUCAUGGUAUCAUGUGCUUCACCCAACACUGUGAAAUAGGAACCAAUGAAAAUACCUAAAGCCACCAAUAAAAUAUUCUCACUGUGCAGUAAGUGGUUUAUUAAAGCCAUUAAAACUUUUAACUUUCAAAAAAAAGAAGAGAUUUUUAAAAACUCCGCAAUCAAUAUCAAUACCAUUGUCUCCAUCCUAAAGCUCUCUAACCAGGCGUCACCAACAAUCAUAACUUUGAUUUAUUGUGCCUCGCUCACUACAGCACCGCCAAUGUAAAUCAUGGGAGACUGGAACUUUCUCGGGGGGAUCUUGGAGGAGGUGCACAUCCACUCCACCAUGGUCGGCAAGAUCUGGCUCACCAUCCUGUUCAUAUUCCGGAUGCUGGUGCUGGGCGUCGCGGCGGAAGACGUGUGGAACGACGAGCAGUCCGACUUCGUCUGCAACACCGACCAGCCGGGCUGCCGCAACGUGUGCUACGACCAGGCCUUCCCCAUCUCCCUCAUCCGCUACUGGGUGCUCCAGGUCAUUUUCGUGUCCUCGCCCUCCCUGGUGUACAUGGGCCACGCCAUCUACCAGCUGCGGGCUCUGGAGAAGGAGCGCCACUGCAAGAAGGUGGCCCUCCGUCGGGAGCUGGAGGCGGUGGACGCGGAGCUGGUGGAGGUGCGGCGGAGGAUCGAGAGGGAGAUGAAGCUGCUGGAGCAGGGGAAGCUCAACAAGGCUCCUCUGAGGGGCUCUCUGCUGUGCACCUACCUGGUCCACAUUGUCACGCGCUCAGUGGUGGAGGUCAGCUUCAUGGUGUGCCAGUACUUCCUCUACGGACACCGGCUGAAUCCGCUCUACAAGUGUGAGCGGGAGCCGUGCCCGAACGUGGUCGACUGCUUCGUCUCCAGGCCCACCGAGAAGACGGUGUUCAUGGUGUUCAUGCAGGGGAUCGCCUGCAUCUCGCUCUUCCUCAGCCUCCUGGAGAUCAUGCACCUGGGAUUCAAGAAGCUCAAGAGGGGCAUCCUGGACUACUACCCGCACCUGAAGGCCGACCUCGACGAGUACUACGUCGACAAGUCGAAGAAGAACUCGGUCGUGCAUCAGGUGUGCGUGGGCACGUCCGCGGGCCGCAAGACCACGAUCCCCACGGCGCCGUGUGGCUACACGUUGCUGUUGGAGAAGCAGGGCAACGGGCCCGCCUACCCUCUCCUCAACGCCUCCUCCGCCUUCGUCCCGAUAAAAGGGGACCCUGUGGCGAAGCCGGACGUCCACAAGGACGGCAAGGAGGGCGUCCCGAGCCCCACGGAGCACAACAGCAACUCCAACAACACGAGCAGCGAGACGCGCUCGCCUCCUUCAGACAAAGAGGAGGAGCCGGAGGAGCAGCCUUCGCCCCCUCUCGGGCGCAUGGAGUGCGCCGGCUCCGAGUAUCCGACCCUCCCCGUGGCCUCAGCGUGCGCAGCCAUGUCAGGAGUCGCGAGGAAGUCGCGGAGGGUCAGUCCACCGUGGAACUGCUCCACGCUGGUGGAAGGGAACGGCUCGGACAGCGGAGACUCCUACCAAGGGAACAACAGCGCCAAGCUGCGCAGCGGCUGCGCGGGACCCCGGGCGAGGCUGCUGUCCAAGUCAGACACGAAGAGGCCGAGCAGGUCUCAGAGCCCGGACUCCGCAGGGGAGCUGAGCUCAGCGUCUCGACACAGCCGCGAGAGCAGCAGCCCCGUCCCAUCCUCUCCGAACCGCCGAGUGUCAGCGGUGAGCAGCAACGGCAGCAGAAGGGCCCCAACCGACCUGCAGAUAUGAACACACUGCGCGCCUGUCAACAUGGCAACAGAAGCUCUCAGUGAGACAGGUGUGGGUGCAGGUUUUGUGGGGGCACUUUUCACACGUUUGGAGUUCUUUGAGAGACUUUAAAAAAGCAGCACAAAAGGCCUUUGUUAGUCGUUGCGGUGGAGAUUGUUUUCAACUCCAAAGAGCAACUUUUUUAACUAAAAAAAAAAAAUCUGCAAUCUGACAUUCACUUUUCAGACUUGACCGGGCAGUGCAGAAUGGACUGUUUAGUUUUAGUGGAUUAACUGGUCUGUUACAGAGAUUCAGAUGGACAUUUAAUGAUUCGACUGAACGCCCGACAGCUCUGUCUGAAUGAUUAGAGGGGAAUGGAAAAAUAAACAGCGAAUCUAUAAUAUUGUUUCAGGUCACAACGUGCUGUUACACAACCUGAUACUUUUAAGUCAGUAAUGCUGCCUGAAUUAUUCCAACCCCAGAGUUCUCUCUCAAGAACAUUAAUUACAAAGAUGAGAUUGUCACAAUGGGAAAAAAAAGUGCUAAAUAUCUUUGCGUUGUUAUGGUCAUAUGAAUAAAAAAAUGCUGUUUAAUGUGCUGUCAUUUAUCAGACUUAAAUUUAUUUUGGGCACAUUAGCGGCGACCUCUGUGACUGAUUUUGUAUAAACUUUCUUACUCAGCAAUGCAGAUGAUAUCAAUUCAAAUGUU